AUGGAUAGUGAUUUUAUAGAUGUUGAUAAUAUGAAUGGAAAUAACAAUAGCAAUGGUGGUGGUGGUGGUGUAACAGGCAAAUUAAUAACAAUUGGAAAUAACAACCACAACAAUAAUCAUCAUAACAAUCAUAAUAUUUCAGAAUUGAAUUUGGUGAACAAUGGCAAUAUUAAUGCAACGAUGGUGUCGAGUAACUACAAUGUCAACAACAGUUUUUCGAAACAAUUGGAAAUCUAUAAUUUACAAAAUAAUAAUAAUAAUAAUCCAAACAACUCAACUUCACCACAACAAGUACAACAAAUUCAACAACAACUGAGUACACAACAAAUUCAUCAACAACAACAGCAACAUCAACAAACAAUUAAAUAUACUCAACCACCACCUCCACAAAUACAACAACAGCAACAAAUACAAUAUCAAGCACCAACUCAUUAUGAAAUAAUUCAACAACAACAGCAAUCACCUAAUAUUCCAAUGGUUACACCUCCAUCUCAAUCACCACCACAACAAUCUCAACAACCAAUCUAUAGUAAUUCACACAAGGUACAACAACCACCUCCACCAACACAAACUAUUUAUGCAACUCAACAGCAGCAACAGCCACAACAACAGUCACAACAACCACCACAACAACAACAACAAUCGAAAUCAAGUAAAUCUGUAUCAAAACAACAAAAACAACAACAACAACAACAACAACAACAACAACAACAACAACAACAACAACAACAACAACAACCAAAUAAUUCAAAUAUUCCAAUAAAUCUACCCAAAUCGGUUAGAAGUGGAGAUACACUAUUAGUUGGUGCAGAAAAAGUAUAUAGUAAAUCAGUUAAAGAUAGAAAAGGUGAAGCAAGCAGCAGUGGUGGUACAACGACAACUGGUGUUAAGGUGCAACUCGAAUCCAAACAACAAGAUCGUAAAGAUCGUCAACAACUACAGCAAUAA